GAUUGCAUUUUUUGCAGUACGUGAUAUAGACAAAAUGGAGGAACUAACAAUAGAUUACAAGAUGAAAGAAUUGAUAUUAUCGAUGAAUGAUAGUGAUUCAGCUUUGCUAGAAUGCGACGUUGCAAUUGGUGGAAUAAUAUUAUUAUUUAUAAGAUUAGUAGUUAGGAAUAGUCAUCUAUGGGAUAAGAACAGUGGAUUUUUUUUGCCUUUAGAAGGCUAUUUAUUAGGAAUUUCAAUAUUUAGUGGAGUACGUGCAUUUGCAAAUUUUGUACAGCAAUUUAAUUUAUUUGCUUCAAGUCCAAUCGCCAGAGAAUUAAUUUAUGAUUUCAGCUGGAUUCCUGCGGACCUAACGGUUGCAACUUAUCUUGCCGGAAUCUUUAGAGCAUUGCUAAAAAUGUAUCUUCACAAUUUUACUUCGCAUCAACAACCAACAAAAGGUGUCUACUUAUUACCAGAAUCACAUAUCAACAAAAUUUAUUGGACAUUUUUUAUAAUUCAUUUUAUAUAUUCACCAUCAUUAGCUAUAAUAUCCGGAAUCACUAGACAAAAUCAUGAUAAAGAAUUAUUAAAUAUUAUAUUUGGUUCAAUUGACAAAAGCUUCUUGUAUUUUAAUUGGAAUCAAUGA